AUGUCUUCGCCAACCAACAAUUCCCAACGAAAUGUCACCCCGCACACCUCACCAAAACCAUACUCUGCAUCGCCAUAUCUUCACAUGCUUGGCUCGAACGAGAGACUUUUAGAUCGAGAUAACUACACUCUUAGCCCGAGUACACUCGAGCCGCCUACUUUCGACUAUGAUAUAUUACAAAACAUCCAUAGCAUUUCUGGCUUUUCAGGGAAUGAUCGCGAGGAUAGUAAAACCGAGGAUACUCCAUUGCUUCAAAAACAACAAAGACUUGCAUCAAAAUCCUCUGGAUAUGCUGAUAAGUCAUUAACGUCGACUCCAAGACGUGAUAGACAACAGUAUGGUUCCCGUCAGGAACAAUCAACGUUAGAUUCACCUUCAAAUAAUUCAUUAAAUGAAGAAUCCGAUUCGGACGGAUGUGCUACAACAAAUACGUCGUCACAAUCACGUCGUGGAUCAAAAGCACAGGAAGAUGUGUGCUUCCCUAGAAUUGAGAAGCAUGACAAAAAAUCCCUCGAUUAUGAGGCACUAGAGGAAUAUGUACGAGAGCAAACAGCUAAAAGAAAAAGUGAGCAACGAAAGAGACAACGCAGAUUGAGUGAACCAGCUUCUGCUUUUGUUAAUCACAAAUAUAGUCUUACGAGGGAAUCUGAGAAUAAGCAAAUGCAUGAUGUUAGUUAUCGAUACACUUUCUAUUCGACCGCUUACAGCACAGUACAUGCUCGUUCUUUGGCUGAAAUUCCUCCUUCCAAUACCUCAUUGUCUGAUAUGUUAAAGUCUGGUUGUUGGUGGAUUGACAUUUUAGCGCCAAGUGAUGCCGAAAUGAGAGAUUUGGGCAAGAUAUUUGGAAUUCAUCCUCUCACAGUCGAAGAUAUCGAAACAGAAGAUACUCGAGAGAAAUGUGAACUAUUUAAGCACUAUUACUUUAUUUGUUUCCGAUCCUUUGAUCAGGAUCAUUAUUCCCCUACUUAUUUGCAACCGAUCAGCGUAUACAUAGUGGUAAUGAAAGAAGGCAUUUUGUCGUUUCAUUACCGACCAAGUCCACAUCCUGGAAAUGUUAGGCGACGCAUUAGACAAUUGAAAGAUUAUAUUACUGUUACACCUGAUUGGAUCAAUUACGCGUUAAUUGAUGAUAUAACAGAUUUGUUCGCUCCAUUAAUUCGAGCGAUUGAAUUUGAAGUGGAUUCGAUCGACGAAUUAGUAUUGAUUCUUAAAGAAUCCGAACAGAGUGAUAUGUUACGAAGAAUCGGACAUUGCCGAAAAAAAGUAAUGGGUCUGCUACGCUUACUUGGCAAUAAGGCCGAUGUGAUGAAAGGCUUAAUUAAAAGGUGUAAUGAGUUGCGAUGGGAUGUGGUCAUCAGCAAUGAAAUAGUACUAUAUCUUGGAGAUAUUCAAGAUCACAUUAUUACAAUGGUUCAAAACUUGAAUCAUUAUGAGAAAAUACUUUCACGAUCUCAUUCAAACUAUCUCGCACAGAUUUCUAUUGAGAUGACACAAGCAAAUAAUCAAAUCAACGAUGUAUUAUCACGAUUAACUGCUCUUGGUACGAUACUAAUUCCAAUGAAUUUAGUAACAGGAUUAUGGGGGAUGAAUGUCGAAGUACCCGGACAACCGGAUGGAGUUGGAAACUUGUCAUGGUUCUUUUCCAUAUUGACAGGGAUCAUAAUUUUUGCUGUAAUAGGAGUUUUUUUAGCACAUCGAACCGGAAUUGUAUAA